AUGUCCACUGCGGACCCCGAAGAGUUCUUUAUAAGGCAGGAUCGUAUAGGCAAAGGAUCUUUCGGCGAGGUAUUUAAAGGAGUCGACAAGAAGACAAAGGAAGCCGUUGCCAUCAAGAUCAUUGAUCUCGAAGAUGCAGAGGAUGAGAUCGAAGAUAUUCAACAGGAAAUAAACAUUCUUUCUCAACUGGAUUCUCCCUACAUUACAAAAUACUAUGGAUCCUACAUCAAAGGAAGCAAACUAUGGAUUGUCAUGGAAUACUGCAGAGGUGGCUCAUGUCUGGAUCUGAUGGGACCUGGCACAUUCGAAGAGAUAUUCAUUGCCAUAAUAUUACGAGAACUGCUAAAGGGACUAGAAUACUUACAUUCAGAACGUAAACUUCAUCGUGAUAUCAAAGCUGCCAAUGUCCUGUUGAGCGCUGACGGAAAUGUCAAACUGGCUGACUUUGGUGUCUCUGGUCAACUCACUGCGACAAUGACCAAGAAGAAUACAUUUGUAGGAACUCCAUUCUGGAUGGCACCGGAGGUCAUAAAACAAUCGGGAUACAAUGACAAGGCUGAUGUAUGGUCAUUGGGUAUAACAGCUAUUGAAUUGGCUAGAGGGGCCCCUCCAUAUGCUGAAAUGCAUCCUAUGCGUGUCCUCUUCCUGAUACCCAAGAAUGAACCACCACAGUUGGAGGGUAACUUUUCAAAGGCAUUCAAGGAAUUCGUUGCCUUGUGUCUUCAGAAAGAUCCAGAACAGCGACCUCCAGCCAAGGAAUUGUUGAAGCAUCGAUUUAUCAAGGCUGCCAAAAAGACCUCGUAUCUUACUGAACUGAUUGAACGAUAUGAACGAUGGAAGGCCGAUGGUGGUGAAGCAGAUAAACCCAUCAAUGACUAUGAAGUCGAACAAGGGAACGGCGAAGAGGGAGAAGGUGGUUGGGAUUUCGGUACAGUCAAAGCUCCAAAAGCAGUACCACCUCCUGUACAACAACCACCACCACCCCAACAACAGCCACCAAAACCUGCACCACCAGUACCAAUCCAAUCCUCAUCUCCUGCUGCUGCUGCCGCAGCUGCCGCCGCCAACAAAAAACCUGCAGUACCACCAGCACCAUUGCAACAACAACUGUCAACACCGUCUAUACUACCUUCUCAACAAAAAGCACCUGAACCUGCUCGGAAUAUUCAGAGUAACUACAGGGUGACGGAUACUGGAACUAUAAGAACAGCUGGUGGAAGUGUGGUCAAGACUAUUGUUGAGCCAGUGAUAAUGAAGCUUCAAUCAGGUGCCAGAGCCUCUAGUGUAGCUACGUUACGAUCACUGCAGAAGGCCUUUGAGGACGCAGAACGGGAAAACCCUCAAAUGGUCGAAGAACUGAUUCAUCAGAUAACAGAAAAGAUGGGAACAUAA